AUGGCUCGUAUGACGCUGUAUAAACUCGAUGAGUUGGAUGAGCCAAAGGUGUAUGAAAAUGAAAUGCAUGAGGCAUAUAUUUCGUAUGAUAAUUUACUUAAAAGGGGCAAUACAGAAGUUGAUGUGCAGAAUGCUUUACUUGAUAAGAGAUCAGAUGACAAGAAAUACAAAGAAACAAUGUAUGGAAUUUUAUUUGCCAUACUAACUGGAAAAGACAGCACACCACAUUUCAAUCGCAUGUGCGUGUGCGUGCGAGAUCAAUUCGGAGUAAUUGUGGACAGACUGCGGGCGCUAAUGGAAGCGGCUGACUUUCACAGACUGCGUCAGCCGAUUGUAAUCAAGAUGCUACAAUUAAUCGAAAAACUGAUUGAAAUGGACGCAAAAGAAAUAGACAAGUUGGUGGAAAUAGCAUUGCGGCAAGCAGCAGGCAGUAAUACAACACAAGCGAAUAUAGAAUAUUGCGACACGUUACUAGGGAUGCUGGAGAGAAAUCGCAUUAAAUAUUUAUAUAAGAGAGGAAAGAUGCUGAGACUAUCCUUGUAUACCUAUCUUCGGUUGAUACGCGAUCAUCUUGAUGAAAGUUUUGAUGACUUGCGCCGGAGAGAAAUCAACUUUUGCAUCAGACUCAUGAGAGAUCAGUUUCAUCAUUGCAAGUUGAUAGGAAGAGAUCUUGUAAGACUGUUAAUUGAUGUGGCAUCAAUAACCGAAUUCAGAGACUUUUGGAGAGAUUUACUUUAUAAUCCACAAAUACUAGACGAAAGAUUUGAUGGUUUAAAGACAUUAGUACGAAUGCCUACGCAAUCGGUAUAUCUGACAAACCGAAUCUCUCCCCACCUGGAAAGAUUACUUACUGCCAUCUUUAAACAAGACUCGUAUUCAGGUUAUAGACGACGCUGGCAAUGGCUACGAGACAAAUAUUUCAGCAGACCAGGUUCACAAUAUCUCGCAGUAGACAUAAUACGCUACAUUGUCUGCGUCAUUCAUCCCACAAACGAAAUGCUGCGAUCUAAUCUAGUCAAACGAUACCAGAUUAUUGCAGAACUAAUUUCCAUCACUUCGGACGAAAUUAUACGUCCAAGCGCUUUGCUCGCCUUAUUCUAUGACUGGUUAUUCUGGAAAGCGCAAGACAACAUUAUGAAUAUCGAACCGGCCAUAUUGUUAAUUAUGGAAACGUUCGAAAGCAGGAAUUGGCAAUACUGUCAGAUGUUGAUUGAGUUUUUGAGAUAUGAAGCAUAUGGUUUUUGUAAACCGUUGAGUGAGGAUAUCAAGAAAAGUGUGGAUGCUGCUAUGGAGACUGUGUUGACGCAACGACGAUCGAGGUUUGAUAGAUUUGGUAAACUCGCCACAAAUAAACUGGGCAACGCGUUCUUACGUAUCGGACUUGUGGGGAAGGUUCAUAAAAAACUCUGUGCCGCUAGCACGUCUAAUACCCCUUCCAAAGCCGCAUCCAAUAUUUCUUCUAAUACUCUCAAUACCCCUUCCAGUGCCCUCCCCGCUGUCCCUCCUCCAUCUACUUUUUCUUCCACUCCCAUCACCAACUCCGCCACACCCGUUCCCACCAAUAAUUCCACCCCUACCCCCGCUUCGACGCUACCUUCUACUCCGGCACCUGGUUCCACGCUUAAUUCUGCGACAGGUUCUACAACUGGUCUCGUAACCGGUGUCGGAUUUCAUCUUGCGAAAAUGGUUGUUUCUCCUGCCACUCCAUCCUCUCCUGUGCCCAUGGACGUGGAUGGUGAUCCACCAAAAUCCUACACUAAUUCAACAUCGGUAACAAAGUCGAGUAAAAUUGUCAAAAAGGUGAAUAACGGCACGUCACUGUCUUCUUCAAUUGUUCCACCGGCGGAGAAAACGUCAAAGGAUGCGUCUUUAUGGAUAUAUGGAAAGAAUCUGGAGCAAUUUAGAGAUGCCACUUCUUUAUCCGUGCAAAAGAGUAUACUUCCUAUAAUAUUGGAUACUUUUGAAAAACAUAUGGUGGAGGACGCACCAAAAAAGAUUUCCGGUUACAUAGUCCCAGCAAUAAGAGAAUCAAUGACAAAGUCAGAUCUAUUUACUGCAGUAAUGGAUAAACUAUGGUCAUUGGACAGUGAAUCGUCAAAGAGCAAGAUGUUGGAACUGCUAAGGUUGAUUGGGGAUGUGGAUAAUGGGCAUGCAUUAGUCAGUUUCCAAGUGUUACUGUCUUGCUUGAGAAAAGCACAGGAAGAAAGUAAAGAUGCCUUUUUUGAUGCACCAAAUCUCAAGGUUUAUAAAGACCUCAUAAAUUAUCAACUAGAAAUGAGUAAUGGAUACGAGGAUCUGAAAUUUGUAAAGAAGCAACGCGUUCACGAAGACUUUAUAUCAUUACACAAAAGCAAUAUUAUGCUGUUUCAACGUGCUACCUUUACGAUAAUGGAAUAUCUACGCGAAUACUGUAUGGGUGAAGUAACGUUCGUUCUCUUACUGGUGUCAAAGAUCACACCGAUAUUGUCAUAUGAACUUCAGAUCAAGUUGGCAAGAAAUCAAUGUGUAAUAUUUGGUGAUAAAUAUGACGAAAUACUAGUGUUUGCACUGGACUGGGAUCCAAUUGAACAAUACGUGCUGUUUCAAAUACUCAAUGCGGAAGUUGGGGGCCGUGUGGAUCGGGUUGAAAAGAUGCUAACCACAUCCUCAAUACUAAGAGCACUUGAUAGAUCAGAGAAUCCGGAACCUUUAAUUGGUUUGCUAGACAUUCUACGAACUGUUCCACCUACUAGUUUAAUAAUAUCUUCAAUAAUGUAUCUGAUGUCGAAUGCGAGUGACAGAUUACAAAAGCAAUGCAGUCUCGAGUUUGUCAUAACGGCAUUCCAGCAGUGGUAUCGUAACUCACCAGAGACCAUGAGGGCCGUGCUGACAAACUACAUGAGGGAGUUGAGCGAGGGCAUGAAGAAUAAUAAUACCAAAGAAUCCACCAAAGAGCAUGCAGGAAAUCUCUUGGACGUAAUAAUAUCAUGGUAUAAUGAUUCCAAGGCAGAAAUUACUGAAAACUUUUUAAAGAACGACGAGUUUUAUAGUUCCAUCAAACGUAUAACCCAACUUUUGGGUAAGCAGUUACUUACUGACUGGCUUACGAUACGUACCCCGGAAACCAACACGGAAGCCGAAGACGGUAAAUAA